UUUUUUUUCAGUAGGUAACCUUCAAUUAGCAUAGAAGGUAAAAAUGUUUAAUUUAUCAUUACUACUGCUGUUUUGUAUUGCUGUAGCUGCAAUGAACGACCCACAUCCACUAUCCGAUGAGUAUAUUGAUCUUAUUAACAGCCAACAGAGUUUGUGGAAAGCUGGUCGGAAUUAUCCAGAAGACACUCCAUUGGAACAGCUUCAAGGACUCCUCGGGACAAUUAUGGGAGGACUACGAGAAGGUUACACCACUAAGACUCAUGACACUGACGUUAUAAAGACACUACCCGAAUCAUUCGAUCCUAGAGAUAAAUGGCAAAACUGUCCAUCUUUGUACGAGAUCAGAGAUCAAGGCAUAUGUGGAAGCUGCUGGGCUUUGGGAGCUGUAGGAGCAAUGACAGACCGAUGGUGCAUCCACUCAAAUGGUUCGCAAUUUCACUUCUCAGCGCAAGACAUGACUGGCUGCGUGAAAGAGUGCAACGGUUGCCAUGGAGGAACCCCUGAAAAGGCAUGGAGUUACUGGUUCACUGAUGGAGUAGUUUCUGGAGGUAAUUACAACUCAAAACAAGGCUGUAGACCAUAUGAAAUGCAAAAUUGCAUCCAUGAUAAUUCCCCUGCUGCCAAUUGUUCUAAUAGAGGCGUAGCACACUGUGUUGAUAAAUGUCAAGACGAUUAUAAUGUAUCAUAUAAAGUUGAUAAACGUUUUGGAUUGGAAGCCUAUCAUGUGCAACAUGAGGAACAUAUUAAAGCUGAAUUGUAUCUAAAUGGACCUUUAGAAGCUGCUUUCAGAGCUUGUCCGGAUCUGUUUCAUUACAAAAGUGGUGUGUAUAAAUCUACGAUUGAUUUCAAUGAUGUCCGCUGUGGUGGUCAUUCUGUAAAAAUGCUUGGAUGGGGAAUAGAAAAUGGUACUAAAUACUGGUUACUGGCAAACUCCUGGGAUUAUAAUUGGGGAGACGGGGGAUAUUUCAAAAUUAUACGCGGAGAAAAUCAUAUGCAUAUUGAGAACGAGGUCAUUGGUGGGAUGCCUAAGUUUUGAUCCACGAUUCGUAAUAAAUCAUUAAUAAUCUGUAAUAAAAAUGUUAAAUAUUUAAUUAAUCCUAUUAAUAUUAUAUACGUUUACGUGUACGACAGUUUAUGAGGAUGUAUGUGUGUAUAUAUAAAUUGUUACUCUUUCACGUAAAACCUACUUACUGGGCGGAUUGUUAUGAUAUUUGCUACUCGGGUACAAUGUAACCUGGAAUAACACAUAGGGUACUUUUUAUACCGAAAUUCCCACGGGAGCAAAGCCCCGGGGCUCACUAGCAUGUAUAUAAUUGUAUAGUCAUGUGUACCGUAUUUUUUAAUAAUUAAAUAUUAUAUAUUUUGCAUCCACAUAGUAUUAUCUGUAUUACUGAUUGCGUUAGGUCACAUAGCAUUACUGGUUGAGUGUUAGAUAAUGCUUUUAGCAUUAAGUCCGCCGUCCAUCGUAAUUUUACAAAUCGUAUAUGUGUAUCUUUAUAUCUUUCCCAGUGUGUUAUUACUGGUGUCAGAUUUUAAUCGAGUUAUCUAAAGAUAUUUGACAUGACAUUUACGACCUACCUACCACUGUCUAAUUGUACAUGUAGUAUUACAUGUAGUUUCCUUACAACGCUUUCCAGUGUGCAGGUUUCCUUACAACGCUUUCCUUCAAGCAAAUGUUGGCCUACGAAAACUACUGAUGAGAGAGAUUGAUAUACAAACUCAUGUCGUACGUGUAGGACUGGAACCCAAACGAUCUUAAUCGCUACCCCAUCACAGAUUGAACCUAUUAUAAUAUACAUUGCUGUUUUGUAAAAAUCUUUGGCACCAUUGAGGAACAGACAGCAGAAUGUCGUAUUACAAUGAACCACUCGUCUGAUCCGCCUGACUUAAUUUGUUCGUCUUACACUGUUUGAGGUGUAAUUAUUUGUUGAUGUGGGGAGAGAAGAGUUGAGAUGACAGGCUAAUAUCAUCAUCUUCCUUUCCUACAUUUAGUGGGAUUUACGAAAAGACUACACACGGAAGAAAUUAUUUAUUUCUUUGUAACAAAUAUUUAAGAACGAAGGUAAAUUUAAUAUAUAGUGGCGGACAACAAUAAUAAAAUUUAUAUAAGGACAUUGAAAAUUAUUUUUCUUAAAUUAGGCCAAUAUUAGAAUAUUCAACCCAAGUGCGAUUACUUUUCGAUUACAUAGAAAAGUAAUCGCACUUGCUUGAUUGCUUGCUUACUAUUGAGGAUUUCAAUAUAUUCGUCAGAUAGUACAUGUGAAUCUAAAGCCAUAUUGAAUGACAGCAAAAAUAUUAUAAUAAACAUGACACCUUGAUAUAUUCUUAGCAACAUAUUAGAAGCAAUAAUUUGUAGUUAUGUAAUGUGUCAAUGCUAACCAAGCGUUUCAUUUUUAUACUUUGUAAUUAAAAUCGUAUUAUUAAUACUAGGGCUGUCACUUAAGCUUCCUUUGGUCGAAGGAACCAGUUACCUGACAGACAAUGAGUAAUUAAAGUAAAAUAAUUCUCAAGCGUCGAUAUAUAUAUAUAUAUAUAUACAUUGAAAAAUAU